AAGGUGCCCAGGACCAACCAAUAACUUCUCGGGCAGAAGGUUGUGAGAGGAGACUCGUAACUGACGAGUCGCAAUGCCGUCCUAGAUUUUGUCGAGUCUCUUCAAAACCGAGCAUCCUUUUGCCUUUCUUUCUCAAUCUCUUAUGCAUAUAAUAAUCACCCUCUUUAUACCCACACCCACCAUUUUCACUUCCAACACCACUCCCACAAACAAAACAACAUGGAUGGUGGUGGUUUGAAGCCAAUGGAUGCAGAACAACUGAGAGAGAAUGCUCACAAAAUGGUAGAUUUCAUUGCUGAUUAUUACAAGAACAUUGAGAAUUUCCCAGUUCUCAGCCAAGUUCAGCCCGGGUAUCUGAGUAAACUUCUUCCGGAUUCCGCACCAAAUCAACCAGAAUCAUUGCAAGAUGUUCUCAGUGAUGUCCAGUCAAAGAUUUUACCAGGGGUAACCCAUUGGCAAAGCCCGGAUUAUUUUGCAUAUUUUCCCUCUAAUAGUAGUAUCACUGGAUUUUUAGGAGAAAUGCUCAGUGUUGGUAUUAACAUGGUGGGUUUUAGUUGGAUAACUUCUCCUGCAGCAACAGAACUUGAAAUGAUUGUCCUGGAUUGGCUUGCUAAACUUCUUAAGCUUCCUGAUGAUUUCCUUUCAACAGGUAUAGUUUGCUAUGUCUAUAUUUAUUAGCAUUUGAUUCUUGUAGUAACUUGGAAGGUA